AUGGCCUAUGUGAUAUUCAGCUACUGGGUUUUCGACGUCCCUGCGAGUUUCAUCACAGGAUAUGACAGCGGCGGGAUCCUGGAGAUGAGAUUUGCGGUAGUCGCGCGGAACUACGUGAGAGGCUGGCUCAUACCAGACAUCAUCGUGCUAAGUCUGGACAUUGUCAUCUUCAUCGUCUUUGGCGUCAGCUCUUCCACUGAGGGCGAUGACUCUCUGCCUUCGUUCCGCAUUGCUCGAGCCCUUCGCCUGAUGCGCUUUGCACGCCUCCUCCGUCUCCAUAAGAUGUGGCACCUCGUGGACGAUUUGCUGGACCGUGUGAAGACUGACAGCUUCCUCCUGACCAUCAAGAUAGUGAGAAGUCUCGCCGUAGUCCUUGCCAUCAACCACUACGUCUCCUGUGCCUUCUUAGCGAUGGCUCUGCUUUUCGAGGAACAGAGUCUGACCUGGCUCGUUCUUGCGGACUUGGACCAAGUUCCCUUUACGACGCAGUACCUCUCAGCCCUUCACUGGUCGCUCACACAGUUCAUGCCGGCAACCAACAACAUCGCCCCGAAUAGCGCAACCGAGCGUGUCUUUGCCAUCUUCGUGGUUCUGAUCGGCCUCGCCGUCUUUUCGUCAUUCAUCAGCGGC